AUGGUCGACCCAGGAACAAAAUCUCUUUUGGAGUAUGGUAUUCCGGAUACAACAACCGGAUUUCUCUCCAGUAUUGUUAGACUACCUGUCACCGCUCAGAGUUUUGAGUUAAAGCCCCAAUUCAUACAGUUCAUCUCCAAUGAUUCUUUUGCGGGCUCAUCAAAUGAUUGCCCUGUGACUCAUAUUGAUAGUUUCUUGGAGAAGUGUGACACUAUGAAACUUAACGGUGUCACUGAUGAUGCUAUCAGACCACACCUUUUCCCUUUUUCACUAAGGGAUAGGGAAAGGGAAUGGCUACGAGAUGAAGGUAUUGGUUCCUUUGAUACGUGGGACAAGCUUUCUAAGGCCUUCCUAGUAAAAUUCUUGGGCCAAGAGAAAACCGCGAAAUUAAGGAACAAGCUAUCUACCUUCCAUCAAUCUAAUGACGAGUCUUUAUAUGAGGCAUGGAGAAGGUUUAAGCGAUUGCAGAGACAAUGCCCUCACAUUCCAGAAUGGAUGUUGAUCCAAACAUUCUAUAAUGGUUUGACCCAUGAGUUUCGCAUAUAUAUUGAUGCUGCGUCUGGAGGUUCUAUCAUGACAAAGAACCCAACCGAUGCAAAGGAUUUGAUUGAGAAGAUGGCGGCUAAUGAUAAUUACCAUCCAAGGGGACGAAAUGCUAUCAACAUAGGUAAUAAACAUGAUGUUGAUGCUCUAACCAUGUUGACUAGUUCUGUGCAGGCACUAACUCAUAAGGUCAAUCAACUCCAAGUUGAGUCCCCUCGACCCUCGAUGGAAACUUGUCAGAUGUGUGGAUUACAAGGCCAUACUGCGCGGGAGUGUCAGCCCAAUUAUGAUGGAAUGACGAUUGAGCAAGCUAAUGCUUUCUAUACCACGACCUCCACAAGGCCAUUUGAUGAAGGGUGGAGAAAUCAUCAAGGGUUCUCAUACAAGAACACUCAAGCUAUAGCAAAUCCUCCACCACCUCCAGCUUUUCAAGUAAGGGCACCUUUCAAUCAUCAUCCCAUGCACCACCAACCACCUCAAUCUUCAAAUCUUGAAUCCAUUAUGGAGACUUUUGCUACCUCCCAACGUCAACAACAAGAGCUUAUAUCAAAGCAAUUUGAUUUACAAGCAAAGAAAAAUGAAUAUUUUGAAAACUCGAUUCAAUUGCUUGUUGCUCAAAAUAAGAGGAUAAAAACUCAUCUUUCUCAACUAUCACAACAAUUAAGUCAUCUAUCAACUCUUCAAGAUCAAGCAAAAGUCCAAAUAAAACAAUGCAAUGCAAUUUUCGUGAAAAGAAACGGAUUGACUACGGGGGGAUUAGAGGAGAAAGUGUGCAAUCUGGAGUCAAAAACUGAAAUGAGCGAGAAUGGAGGUCCCAAAUAUGUCGCUCCACAAGCCUAUGAGGAACCGAUGCCUUUCCCGCAAAGGUUAUCAAAAGCCGUGCUCGAUAAGCAUUUUGGGAAGUAUUCUGAGACUCUUAAGAAGGUAUAUGCUACCAUUCCUUUUUCCGAUCUUGUAAUUCAAAUGCCUCAAUUUGCAAAUUUGUGA